AUGGCCUACCUGGCUUAUCAUCAGAAGGAACAAUUCUCAAGGAUCGAUGAUCUCACAGCGUAUCAUCCGAAUUAUCCUCCAUCAAAUGAAAUGGACUAUGGGGAUCAUUAUGAGUACAAUGGGGCGUACGGGAGCAGUGAUGCAUCCUCAGUGUGCUCACACAGUCCUAGUGGGAGUCUCGAUGGGCUUCAGAGGAAUUUCAGCGAUAUGGCUGUGACGUACAAAUCCUCCGCAGAUCAUCUCACCAGAUUCCACGAAAUUGAGGCUUAUCAGAGGAACUGCACAACGGCCCAUCUUUCAAAUGAGAUGGACUGCAAGACAUCCCGUGAGAUGACAAUUUACAGCCGUCCCAGUGGCCAUGGGGGUGUGGAUGUGUUCAAGAGGAGACGCCUGGCUGCUAAUGCGCGUGAAAGACGCCGCAUGAACAACCUCAAUGAUGCCUUUGAUCGUCUCCGCGAAGUGAUCCCUUCCCUCGGAAGCGACAGGAAGCUCUCCAAGUUUGAAACACUUCAACUUGCCCAAGCCUACAUCUCUGUCCUCGUGGAGCUCCUCAGCAGGGAUUAA